GCAGCUCUCUCGCCCAGUGCAUUGUGGUCUGUGUGCUAGAGGAAGCUGCUGCACCGGAAUCUGAAGAAUUUGAGGUGUCCGCCAAGUCUGCUGAUCAUCGCCUGCCCGUCUAUCUGUACCCCUCUUUGCAUUAUACUUUCCCCGGACAGACUGUAAGGUUAACACAGAGCAAACAUGUCGCAGGCGGACAAAAUGAAGCAGGGACAGUUCAACAAUCCUGAGACUCCAGGGUAUGUUGGAUUUGCUAACCUGCCAAAUCAGGUUCAUCGCAAGUCAGUAAAGAAAGGAUUUGAGUUUACACUGAUGGUUGUAGGUGAAUCUGGACUUGGAAAAUCCACCUUGAUCAACAGCCUCUUCCUCACUGACCUUUACCCCGAGAGAGUCAUCCCUGGAGCAGCAGAAAAGAUAGAGAGAACGGUUCAGAUCGAGGCAUCAACGGUAGAAAUCGAGGAGCGAGGAGUGAAGCUUCGUCUCACUGUGGUAGACACACCAGGAUACGGAGACGCCAUCAACAGCCAAGACUGUUUCAGCACCAUCAUCAGCUACAUCGAUGACCAGUUCGAGCGCUACCUUCACGAUGAGAGCGGGCUGAAUCGCAGACACAUAGUUGACAAUAGAGUUCACUGCUGCUUCUAUUUUAUCUCCCCGCUCGGCCAUGGACUCAAACCCCUGGAUGUUCAGUUCAUGAAGGCCAUUCACAAUAAGGUCAACGUGGUUCCUGUCAUCGCCAAGGCAGACACGCUCACCCUCAAAGAGAGGGAGAGGCUCAAGCGCAGGAUUCUGGAUGAGAUCGACGAGCAUGGCAUCAAGAUUUACCACCUUCCUGAUGCUGAGUCAGAUGAAGAUGAGGACUUCAAAGAGCAGACCAGGAUCCUUAAGGCCAGCAUCCCAUUUGCAGUGGUGGGAUCCAACCAGCAGAUUGAGGCCAAGGGGAAGAAAGUGAGGGGCCGCCUGUACCCCUGGGGGGUGGUGGAGGUGGAGAAUCCAGAACACAAUGAUUUCCUCAAGCUGCGGAUCAUGCUGAUAACCCACAUGCAGGACCUGCAGGAAGUGACCCAGGACCUCCAUUACGAGAACUUCCGCUCGGACCGCCUCAAGCGGGGUGGCAGGUUGUCUUCCCACGGUUACGUUCUGCCUCUGUCUCCUGCAAAGGGACCAGAGCCGGAGGAGAUGGACAAGGACAUGAUCCUGCAGGAGAAGGAGGCUGAGUUGAGACGAAUGCAGGAGAUGAUUGCCAAGAUGCAGGCCCAGAUGCAGAAGCAGGGAGACGGAGAGGGAGAGGGCCAACAUGUGUGAAAAGUCAAUGGUAUUUGAGCCGCUGCCAGAGUUUGACUGUAGUAGGAUGACUGAUUGCAGAGACGCUGUAAAGGCCUUCUGGUUAUUGACUCGUACUGCUUGCCACUAUUUUUUUAUUUCAAUCCUUCAUUGGAUCUGGAUUCAUUCUUUUUUUAAUACAUUAAAGUAUAUUCAAACAGUGUUAUCUUUAUAUAUUUACACCGUUCUUUCAUUUUUUAAAUUUUUUUUUUCAUAUUUUAAAACUUUUGCCAGUUAUUAAAAUGAAGUCACAUGAUAUAUAUCUACAUAAACCACAAACUUAUAGGGAUGUCUCUUUACUUUUUUGAGCUUUUGUUACCUUAUUGUGUUUUCAGAUGAGAAAACCAAAGUUUUGCUGCGUUUGUGAAGUGCUUUUUAACCCUUAAACAUCUCUGAAAGCAGGCGGUAACCUUCACCAGGAGAGUCAAUUAUGAAGAAGACUAGUAGCAGAAUUAAAUGUUCAUGCCAUUGUUAUGACAUGAUUUAAUGUUCUCAUUGUCCCAUAAAAUUUGGUCAGUGUUAUUCAUGUUCCCCUUCUCUGCAUGAGACUUGAGGUCCAGCUUCUCCCUCUCCUGCCCAAACCUUUACUCGUUAGUGCAGUUCCCAGAUCAGUGUCUUUGCGUACGAUGGAAUUCAAGUGUUGUGAAGCUCCAUUUGAGAUUGAUAUCAAUAAAAACUGUGACCCUUGACCUUUAACAGUCUUCCUAUAGACCUGUCAAAUGAAGGACAGACGGAUGAGGUGCCAGGUCUCUGUUUGGUGCUUUCAGUCAUCUUGAUGUAUUUCCUCCUCUCUCUAAAAUGAAGUCAUGUGCCAGGGAGUAUUUCCUGACUACAGAGAUUACAGGUAACCCAAUGAAGUCAGUGUAGCCAACGUUCCCCUCACCAGCCAAGAUGUGAGUUCUCGACAUUCCUCUUUGUGCUGUUUUUAUCCAAGAUAACAAAAGAACCAAAUAUUGUUUUUGAUGCAUUUAUUGUAAUAAAAGUUUUAUUAAACUUCA